AUGGCAAACUUGGCGAAAGCAGCCGGGGGUGCCUCGUCGUGGAACUGUGCCCGCGUCCAUCGGAGUUUCCCGCAGCACGUGGGAACUGGGCGUCCUUGGCAAAAUAGGUUCACCGGCAUCGAGUCGUCUCUGCUUUCCGCGCGUCGCGAGGCCGUCUCGUCUUCUCCGCGAAAGAGCAGUUCGCUCUCUUCAGGGUCAACCAGUCCCUCUUCCGUGACAACGUGCAUCCCUAGGCUCGGCCAGGUCUUUUCUGAUGACGCGCUGCGUUUCAGCAACGCAAGUCUUUCAUGUACGCCGUCCUGUCGUUCCGUGUCGCGAUAUUCUUCCACGCGUCCGCUCUCGGCCGGUCGUCCCGAGGUCAUGGAUGCUGUGGGCGGAGGCCUUUCGGCAGUUCAAGGAUUCGUGUGUGGUGGUGCCCAGCGGCGACAGCCAGGGUGCAUGCAACAGCCCCACCGUCGCUGGCACCAGAUCGUGUCCCAGGCCAACUUUGGAACGGCGUCAGCCGCUUCUUUCGACAUCUUCCAAAAACUCAAAGACCCUCCAGAGACUGGCGAAGAGGAGACCGGAGCAGCCAAAAAGAGAAAACCGUCGGACCGGGUGAUCAGAUUGGUGGACGAAGUCAUGAACUUAACCCUAAUUGAAGCAGCUGAUCUUUGCGAUCUUUGCCAAGAAAAACUCGCAGAGCGAUCUGGAGGCCCCACGUUUAACGCGGCAGCGGCGGCCGGGCGAACGCCGUUUCCUCAUCCCGCGGGCAUGUUUGCCGGCAUGGCUAUGCCAGGCAUGAUGGGGGCCAUGGCAGCUCCAGUGGGAAUGAUGCCGCCGAUGGCGGCGGCUCCAGCGGCUGCUCCAGGCAGUGCGGCUGCUCCAGGCAAUGCGGCUGCUCCAGCAACGGAGGCAACGUCUGAGAAAAAGCCGGAGAAGAAGGAGGACGCGAAAGCGGCGUUUUCGAUUAAGCUUCUCGGGUUCGAUGCUCCAAAGAAGGUUGCAGUAGUCAAGGAGGUGCGAGCUAUCACAGCUCUUGGCUUGAAGGAGAGCAAAGAUCUGGUCGAGCAGGCUCCAAAGAUUAUCAAGAAGGCUGUGCCUGCCGCGGAGGCAGAAGCGCUCAAGGCAAAGCUGGAAGCUGCAGGUGCUCAGGUGGCUCUGGAAUGA